GUGGUAGGGUAUCGAUCUGUCGAGGUACAGCAGAAGGUUUCGCCAUGUAGGAGGUACAAGUGAAGAAAACGGCCAGGCGGUCGCGUGUCGAAUGGAUCAGGGUGCUCGAGGUGUGGGAGUGCAACGCGGAUGGGCGUCAUUGUUGCUGGCAGCUGAGAUGUCGACGUUCAUUGUUCCACACUCGUCCCCAAUGCUGCAUGCGCCUAUUCUCGCCAUGUCCCCGUCAUCGCGCAGCACGGCACACCCUCUCCUUACAGCAGCAGCGACGAAGAAGCAAGUCCUCAGAUGGAAGCUUCACCGCUCCGCACUCGAUCUUGCCACCCGCUGCGCGAGCUCAUUGUUCGCAGCUGACCGAGCGGCUUCUCCUUCCUCGUGGCCGGCUCUCGGACAGGCGCGCUUGACGCGUGCUGCGGUGACUGUUGUUCAAAAGGCGCCCAUCAGCCUCUCCUCGUCGCGGUGAAUGCGGGCAGAUCGCGCCAGCACCAUUGAUUGCCACAGACUCCCUCUGCGAACUCCAACGUCACUCCAGCCAACCCACCUAAAUCACCACGGGCACGCCGCAGACCCCUCCAUCCGGACAUCUUUUUCGCUGCACCACCACGACCUCGCCCACAGCACUGUCCAAGUGUAGCAUGAGCUCGCAGGAAUCGGUAUUGUCAAUUCAUCCCGCGAAGGACUCCCACGCGAACGAUACCCAUCACAAUUCCCAACACAAUCCUCACGAGGAGAAGACACGACCUAGGGAGCACGUUUCCCUCGACCUCGAUCCCUAUGCGGCGCCCAGUGUCUACUAUGGCGCGAGCCACCACCCUAGAAAGGUUGCAAAGAGCCGCACCUACUCGGCAGUUGAUCCUGGCCUGAAUAAGGUAGGCACGGAUAACUACAAUGCCCCUUCCCGAAGACUGAGCCAUGAUCAAAUGGGUAAUGCCCCACGUCGCUACCUGAUCAACGUCGAAGACACCCUCAAAACGCUUCUCUCGCGCGAAGACACCGAUUCAAACAUCCAAAUCACCAUUGAGGACACGGGUCCCAAGACGAUCGACUUGGGAACAGCAGCGUCGGGAGGCUACAAGCGAUUUGAUGUUCGCGGGACAUACAUGCUCAGCAAUCUGCUGCAAGAGCUCUGGCUAGCCAAAAAGUUCGGACGCAGACAGAUUGUUCUCGAUGAGGCUCGAUUGAACGAGAACCCAGUCAAUCGGCUGGCUCGCCUUAUCAAGGAUCAAUUCUGGCCAAAUCUCACACGGAGAAUCGAUGGGUCCAACAUUGCGGCGGUUGCAAAGGAUCCGAAGGACUGGACGUCCGACCCUCGUCCUCGCAUCUACAUUCCACCGGGCGCUCCAGAGCAGUAUGCCUACUAUACGCGAGUCGCCAAAGAGCACCCUCACAUUCGUCUUGAUGUUCAAUGGCUCAAGGAAGGCGGCCCUGACGAUGACGAAUAUGUCCGUGACCUGAAUGAAGCUCCAGGUCUGCUCGCCAUUGAAGUGGAACGCGUCAAGGACACUCCCGCUGGUGAGCCAGACUACAGAGGGCUGCCUUUUGUAGUGCCCGGAGGCCGUUUCAAUGAGCUGUAUGGCUGGGACAGCUACAUGGAGACACUUGGUUUACUUGUCAAUGAUCGCGAGGACCUUUGCAAGGCCAUGGUGAAGCACUUUUGCUUCUGUAUUCGACACUACGGCAAGAUCUUGAACGCCAACCGGUCUUACUACCUGCGACGCUCGCAGCCUCCCUUCCUUACAGACAUGGCGCUUCGUGUCUACGAUCGCAUCAAGCAUGAGCCGGACAGCCUUGACUUUCUCCGAAACGCCAUACUUGCAGCGAUCAAAGACUACUAUUCCACAUGGAUGUCACCGCCGCGCUAUGACGCCGAAUCUGGGCUGUCGAGAUAUCGACCAGGAGGACUCGGGGUUCCUCCGGAGACUGAGGCUUCCCACUUCGUCCACGUCCUGCAGCCAUACGCCGACAAGCACAAGAUGAGUUUCAAGGAGUUUGUUCACGCCUACAACUAUGGCCAUGUCUUUGAACCAGAACUCGACGAGUAUUUCCUUCACGAUCGAGCUGUGCGAGAGUCUGGGCACGAUACUUCAUACCGCCUGGAAAAGGUUGCCGCCAACCUCGCCACGGUCGACACGAAUUCUUGUCUGUACAAGUAUGAGAUCGAUAUUGCACGCACCAUUCGUGCCUUCUUUGGAGACAGGCUCGAGGUUCCAAAAGAGUGGCGCAUGCCCGGGCAUCCCGAAUUCGAAACGUCGUCAACGUGGGAUCGCCGAGCCAAGAAGCGUCGUAAGGUCAUGAACGAUCUCAUGUGGGACGAGGAGAAGGGCAUGUUCUUUGACUACAAUACUGUCAAGAAGCAGCAAACCGGCUACGAAAGUGCAACCACUUUCUGGGCCAUGUGGGCAGGAGCCGCCACACCAAGACAGGCGUCCAUCAUGGUUGCCAAAGCUCUCCCCAAGUUCGAAGUCCAUGGAGGCCUCGUGUCUGGUACUGAAGCGAGUCGUGGCGCAGUUGGCGUGCAUCGGCCAAACCGGCAGUGGGACUUUCCAUUCGGCUGGGCCCCACAACAGAUUCUUGCCUGGACAGGCUUCCUUCGCUACGGCUUUGAAGAAGAAGCACAGCGCCUUGCAUAUCGCUGGAUUCACAUGGUCACGAAAGCAUUCGUGGACUUCAACGGAGUUGUGGUUGAGAAGUACGACGUGACGCGACCUAUCGACCCUCACAAGGUGGAAGCCGAAUACGGCAACCAAGGCAGCGAUUUCAAGGGUGUUGCAACUGAAGGCUUCGGCUGGGUUAACGCGUCAUACGUCUAUGGCUUGCAAAUUGUCAACUCUCACAUGAAGCGCGCCCUCGGUGCUGUCACUGACUGGGACACCUUCAAGAAGAUGACCGAGGCUGCGGAGGAUCCAGUCGACUUCCUCCACAAGGACAAGGCGACGAAUGGACACACCCCUGCUCCCAAUGGACAGAAGCCAGUCGAGCAGAAGCCGGUCGAGCAGAAGCCGAUCGAGCAUCAUCCUGCACCCGUGCAAUAUGCUCACAGUGGUCAACACUGAGGGUGAGCUUUGAUGAUUCCAUGGCGAGCGCGAUACCUGAGAUGGGGAGAAGAAAGUCAGAGCAUUGAUGAUUGGUUACGAUUACGAUGAGAAAGACUUCAGUUUGGUGGUUGGCCGAGCAUGGCGUCCUGAGGGUUGGUGUAGCCAGCAUCGUAGCAUGUCACAAACGUUGAACCUAUGUGCA